UUAGCUGGUUUAUUUGGAAAUCUUUUAGUUGGUUCAUUGGCCAUGGGACCUGUUGCUCCAUUUGAUGCAGCUUCAAUCUUUCUUGCCAUUGGAAUGGCCAUCAUCAUAUCAUCAUGGACUAAAAAUUAUGGUGACUCAUCAGAAAGCAAAGAUCUAAUGACCCAAUUCAGGGGUGCUGCUGUUGCAAUUGCAUCAGAUGAAAAGAUAGCAUUAUUGGGUGCAAUACAAUCUUUAUUCGAGGGUUCAAUGUACACUUUUGUGUUUCUAUGGACACCUGCUUUAAGCCCAAAUGGUGAAGACAUUCCACAUGGUUUCAUUUUUGCUACUUUCAUGUUAUCUUCCAUGUUAGGAAGCUCUUUAGCUUCUCGGUUAUUAGCACACACACUGACAUACAUUGAUAUUGUGUUGUGUUGUGUUCACACACUGUUAAAAGGAUUGGAAAAGAUAAUUGCAAGUGCAGAUAUUCCAAUGUUCGUCUGUGGUGACUUCAAUUCAGUUCCAAGAAGGUAG